UGCGCGUUGAUCGCGCGUCUAUUGCGACGAACGUGCUACGGACUAAGGCGGCAAGAAAUAGAGCGGCGUUGCUUGCGUUUCUGAGUUUAUAAUACAUCUGAGUACGGGAGACUGUGAUCUAAGGUAGCGUCGUCAGGUUGAUAACGAAAGGGUGAAAACGCGCGUAUAAUACAUACAUAGGUGGAAUAACUAGGUUUCCGACGUGGGUGAGCGGUGUCGAGGGUGCGCGAGUUAGUUAAGUUUAAGGAAUAAGAUGUCUUCGCCGAACAAGAAGGUGAAGAAGUUGGAGGAUCCAGGAUCGGGGGACGGAGAUGCACGCGACUACGAUCUCGAGACGCAAAAGGCGUUGGAGGAGAUUGACGGAUGUCAGAACCAAAUCGAUGGACUGAACGAGAAAGCUAGCGACGAGAUACUGGAAGUCGAGAAGAAGUACAACAAGCUGCGCAAGCCGUACUUCCAGAAGCGUAACGACAUCAUUAAAAGGAUACCCAACUUCUGGGUAACCGCAUUUGUAAAUCACCCACAAAUAGCACCUAUACUUGAGGAAGAAGAGGAGGAUGCGCUGCGGUAUUUGAACAAGUUGGAAGUCGAGGAGUUUGAAGACAUAAAGUCAGGGUACAGAAUUAACUUCCACUUCGACGAGAAUCCAUAUUUUGAAAACGACAUUCUCACCAAAGAAUUUCACCUUGGCUCUUCUGGAGAUCCAGCGUCGCAAAGUACACUUAUCCGCUGGAAGGAAAAUGGGGAUCUGACGAAAAGAGCUAAAGAUAAAGGAUCCUUGAAAGGAAGAAAGAGGCCACUUGUUGGGCACAAGACGUUCUUCGACUGGUUCACGGAUCAUGGAGAUCCAAGCUCAGAUGACAUAGCAGAGCUUAUCAAGGAUGACAUGUGGCCAAAUCCAUUACAGUAUUAUCUGGUGCCGGACAUUGACAUCGAAAAUGGAAUUGAGGGUGACGACGAUGAAGUCGAUAGUAAUGAAGACGAAGAUGAAGAUGGUGACGAAGUCGAAGACGGUGGUGAAGGUGAAGAGGGAGAUGACAGUAUAGUGGUUGUCGAAGAUGAUGCUGAUGAAGAAGAUGAGGAGGAAGAAGCUGACGGGGAUGGAGAAGGAGUCAAUGAUGAGGGAGACAUGAUGGUGGAUGAUGAAGCGGAACAAGACGAUGGGAAAGAGCCAGAGUAAUAAGCUCAUAUUGGAAAAGAUCCUGAGAUCCGUUACUAUGUGGAACAUCGGUAAAAGCAUAUACGAUAAAUAGUUGUGAACCGAAUGGUACGUAGUAAUUUACGACUAUUCGGUACAAACGCAUCACAGAAAAACAAAAACUAAUCAGAUAUGUAAAAAAAAACUUGCUAAAACGAAACAAAAUAAAUAAAAAUCCCCGUCUGAUGCCCUUCUACAAUAUAAAAUAAUUAACGAUAACGAUAGGAUAGGCUAAAGUUAAGUCAUGGCAUCAGACAGGUGUUUAUCACGGCAGUUAUCUCUGCGAUGGUAAUGGCUCUGUAGCAUCACCCGCAAGUUCCUUUCCGGACGAGGCACGUUGGUCACCCGCGACAGUAUUCGCGGGUUUUAUGGUCUUUUCCACCCCCCAACUUUUACAGCAAUUUCAUAACGUGGAGAUACGAAUAAUUAGAUAAAUAGAUGUAAUUAGGAUUUGCGAUAAUUAGCAAAAAGUGGACAGAUAGGGAAUCACUGUAGCUUUUACAAGAAAGAAAGAGAGAGAGAGAACGAGAGCGAAAGUGUGUGAGUGAGAAAGAGAGAGAGAGUGAAUCCCGUUUUAUUUUAUCUGUAGUAACGCAGCUACUAACGUGCCUCGUCAAUCCUCUUCCAACCUCCGUACCUCUUCAUUUCACUUUUUUAAGUACGUGUAUGGUAAUAAUAAUUAUUGAUAUUUAUAUAUAUUUGACUUAUUUCGAAUUACGUCGGUUUUAUCGACAAGGUGUUGUCUAAUUAAAUCACCCACUUCGAACGGAA